AUGAUUAGACUAUAUUAACAGAUACACUUUUAUAAAGAGUAGUUCUUGGUUAUAAGCUCUUAGAUAAUGAUUUUUGAGUAACGACAUCUCCUUUAUAAAUAAAUGAGGUUUUGCCUCUUAAAAUUACAGAUAAUAAUGUUUUUCAGUCUGAUUCAAAUCUUUAUAAUUAAUUAAAAAAUGAAUGAUAAAAAUCCUUAUAAUUAGAAUUCUUACUUCAAGGAUAGGAAAAUUACUGCUAACGAUCUAUUUAAUCAGAUUGAAACAGACUUAAAAUUAAUUAAAGGCAAAUGUAAGCAAUAAAUAUAAAAAACAAAUUUACAGCAUGAAAAAGAGAUGUAUAAUGAAGUAUUAGAUCAUAUGAACCAAAUGAUAUAACAUAAUAAUGAGAAGCAGAUUAUAUUUAAAUCGAACCAUUCCUAUAAUAAUGAAAAUUAAAUAUAAUAAUCGACAAAUAUCAAAUUGGAUUCUCAAAUAAGAUAUUGCGUCACUUUUGAGUUUGAAAAUGAGACUAAAGAGGAAGAAUUUUCACAUUAACUCAGUUUUAAAGAACUCUAUUUAUUUCUAUUAAAAGAAUCCUCUUUUAUUAUAAAAUAAAUGUUUGUUAUUUUGGAUUAGCAGGCUAAUAUUAUUAAUCCUAAUGAUUGGGAAUAACCUUUUAUAUGCGGAGAUAAGGCUGACUCUCGAUUCAUCAUUUAAUCUCUCUCACAAUACUUAAUGACAUAAUAAUCAGUAAUAGUACAAAGAGCUUCGCAAAUAAUGCAAAUAGAAUCUCAAAUAGUACCAAGAGAAUCGCAAAUAGUACCAGUAGAAUCGCAAAUACUACCAAGAGACUCACAAAAAAGUACUCAAUCAUAAAAAAGGUCGGAAGUCUAAUAGCUUUUUAAAUCUUAAAAUCACUAUGUUAAAGAUGUGCAAAAAGAAUCAAAAUUAUACUAAUAUCGCUCUACAAUUCAAAAAUAAUUUUAUAGUAAGAUGAGUACCAUUGUUUAUCAAUGCAAAAAUUGCAAUUAAGAGAUUUAGAAUCAAUAAAUUAUGUUGAAAUGUUACCAUAAUUAUCAUGAAGACUGUCUUACUUCAAUGUUAAAAUCAUAAAUUUAAUCAGGUUAAUCCAUACUAAAUUGUAUAUGCAAUUAAAAAAUACACAUAAAUGAGUUGGAUUUAUUGACAUAUGGAUUGAAAUAGAAUUUAUAUAAAAAUUAGAUUGAUACAAUUUAUUAGAAAUAUUAAGGAUAAUUUAUGAAGUGUAAAAAUUGUUAUUUCUUUUACAUGAAAACAUAAAACAAAUCGCAAAUAAGAUCAGCUUGCAUAAUGUGUUCAAAUUGA